AUGCUUCGUCCUGCACGCUGCCUUGCGCCAAGACUUCCCCUGCGGCAGUGGCUUCACGCGACAGACACAGCUCAAGGCCAAACCAUCAGAGUGCUCCACUGGAAUCUUUUGGCCGACUGCUUGGCAAAGAGCUCAUCCUUGUUGAGCUUGCGACGCGGAUUCCGAUGUGAGGCGGAUGUAUUGUUGUGGGAACGUCGGCGCGAACAUCUCAAACAGGAGAUCCUGCAGCACGAUGCAGAUAUUCUGGGCCUUUGCGAAGUGGAUCAUUUCGAGGAUUUCUUGGAACCGGAGCUUUCAAGAGCUGGGUUCCAAGGAACCUUCAAGCGUAAGCGCAGUCCUGCUAAAGAUGGCGUCGCCGUAUUUUGGAAGGCAGAUAGGUUUGAGGAGGGCGUGCGGCGAGCAAUCUUCUUAGAGUAUGGUCGUCAUCGCACAAAGGGAGCACAGGUGGCAGUACUGCAGCGACUGUGGCCCAGGGAUCGGCUGAGUGGCAAGGGCAUCGUCGUUUGCGUUGCGCACUUGCGCGCAUCGGCCGACGAUGGCUUUCGCAUGCAACAAGCGUCCAGUUUGAUGUCUGCAUUGAAAGAUUUUUCUCGCGAUGAUGAGCAAGUUAUACUGGCAGAUGUUAACAGCAUUCAGGGUGCGGACACGAACGAGGCAGAGAUCAUGAACGUCUACGACUACUUUUCUGCUUGCGGUUUGAGAUGUGUGUACACAAGCAUUGGGCGGCAGCAUGGCUGCAGGAUCCCAAGCUACACAACUUGGGCUGGCUGGGCGUCAGGUGAUUUCAAGGCUACCUGCGAUCACAUCUUUGUUUCUCAAGGAGUCCAUGCAAAGGCGGUGCUAGAUGUUCCCAAUGCAGAGGAUCUGGAACGUGGCUUCCCGGAAAGACUGCCAAAUGCUCUCUUUCCCUCGGAUCAUAUGAGUUUGGUUGCUGACCUAGUUAUCCCUGACACUGCGCGCGCUGCGCAGCUCGCGUAG